AAUAUCAAUUACACUCAUAAAUCUAGUUUUUGAUGGGCUUUAACCUGGUAUAAAUACUUUCUGAUAUUAUCUGUCCUUUAGGUCGUGUAGGGGGGGAGAAAAAGGUUAUGUAACACCCUGUACAUGAACUGACCGGCGCCGAUUUUUCAAUUAAGCCUUUGUUAAUUUUCCAGGCAACCAACAACCUCCAAAACCCGAAAAAAUUUUCCGGAUUUUCUAAAAAUCCUCAACUUGACAGAAAACUAAGAUCUAAUUCAAAAGUCGGUGCCGGUCAGUCCAUGUAGUUUCUUUUCUUUUAUAUAAAAAAAGAAUAAACUCUCUACAAUAAACCGCCAUUAAAAAUCUUGGGAAAUACUUCAGGUGUCACUCUUAUAUAGUGAAAACGCUGUAUUAAACGCUGUAUAUAAUACCCAAUUUUAGGACUUGUAGGAAAAUACCUGUAACUUUUUGAUGCAAAGUUAUACAGAGUUGUGCGAGGUCUUAUUUUGAUCAGAAACGUUUGCUCCACAAAUGUGUGUGUUCAGAAAAAUUUUAAUUGCAUCAGUAUACAGGAAAGAGCUAUUAUUUGAAGACUCGAUUUUCCGAGACUCCUAGAAAACUUGCUCAAAAUCCCCAAAAAUUCAAUUUUGUAACAAAAAGCGAUACAGAUUCUGAAAGCAGACACUUCAGGCUAUCUCAAAACCGAUUUUUUGAUAGAAAAUCACAAUUUCUGAGAGGAGAGUGGGGUCCUUGAUGCUUACAUAUAAAUAAACGAAACAAUUUUCGAAUGAUAGACAAAAUUUUAUGCCAAUAUUUCGCUCCAGAAUUAAGUUUAUAUUUAAAUGAAGUGAAUAAGAAAAUAAAUGAAUCAAUAACUAAUAAGACCGUCGUUAUAUAAUUAUCUUAAAGUUAUGUUUAGAUUAACUAUAUGAAUAAUAUAUUUAAUUAUUUAUCUUAUGUAAUAAAUUUAUUGAUUUUAUCUUUUCUAGUUAAUGGACUUGAUUAAUGAACAAAAUUUAGAAUGGACUCAAUUAGUUCAACGUCAAUUAAAUGAAUUGCAUACUCUUAGACGACAACAUACGAAAGAACAAUGUGAUUUAUUAAGAGAUUUAUUAAGUGAUACUCACAAAACACAGUCAAAAGAAAUUAACGAUAGACAUUCAAGAGAGAAAAAAGAUUUGGAAUUAAGUCAAGUACGACAGAAUAUUGAAGAUAGUAAAAAAUUAGAAGCAGAUAAAAGUGUUCGUAGUAAAGCUGAUCUAGAACGACGUGUAAGAGAAUUAAAAUCCAAUAAUACAAAGAAAUUUUUAGAAGAAAGAAAACGUCUAGGAUUUAAACAACAACGUGAAUUAGAUAAUUUAACAAAAUCACAUGAUCAACAACAAACAAUAUUAGGAAGUGAAAUUGAUAAAGUAUGUAUAUUUAAAACUUAUUAA